CGGUUACUCAAGUGCAUUGAGAAGUCUCAGAAAUGGGAACCAUAAACAACCAUGUGAUGUGUUGAUUUAAAUUGUUUACUACUUUUUAUUUUGCUUAUAAGUCGUGAUAGGAAAAUGUCGUCCGUGCAGGCUGCAAAAAGGCUUCUCCGAAAGGAGAUGAAGAACCGACUCGUGGCAAUGUCAAAAGAGCAAAUUCUUUUGCAAUCAGAACAGUUGACAGAAAAGCUGUUGGCCAACCCAAUUUACAAAGAGAGCAACAGGAUUGCUAUUUAUCUGAGCAUGUCUGAAGAGGUCCAAACUUGUGGAAUUUUGAAAAACAUUUUUUCCACUGGCAAACACUGCUUCAUACCAAGGUACGAGUCAGUGAAUAACAGCAUGGAGAUGCUGCGUCUGCAUUCGAUGGAUGACAUACAGACUCUCGAGGUCACCAAAUGGGAUGUCCGUCAGCCUUCUGAAAUAGAUGGAAGGGAAAAUGCUCUUGAAACUGGUGGUCUGGACUUGAUCAUAGUCCCAGGACUGGCCUUCACUAUCUCUGGACAGCGUCUAGGCCGAGGCAAGGGCUACUAUGACACGUUCCUGAAGAGGUGCACCUCCAUCCAGAAGGACCCUCCGGACACCAUUGCCUUGUCUUUUACCGAGCAAAUUGUUGAGUCCAUUCCUACAGAGGGUCAUGAUUUCAUAAUUGACUCGGUUAUCAUUCCUUAAAUGAUGGAAUUAAAGUUUUCUUAAUAGAUAAAGUCUAAGACUGUAUUCAAGUAUAAUGCUUGCUAAGCUAUAUUUUACCGAUGGCCAGAAAUUAAUUUAAUUAAAAUUUCAAUUACUUUUUACUUAUUUGUCCACAUUUGACAAAAUGUUAACUUUUUCCCAAUGAGAAUUGAGACUAGCACUGUGUUAAGAGAAGAAAUAAAAUGCUGAAUUUUGGUAAUUUUA